AUGAGCAGGAAGAGGCCAAGUGAGCAGAAAACCAAAGAGCCUACAGGCUCUGAGAAAACGAGGAACGACGGAGGCAGGAAGCGCCGAAGAGAAGAACCACCAAAGUCCGCCAAAACUAACGGCAGCUCCGAUAGGAAGAAAUCACGGCAUGAAGAAGAGCUAAACUCCAUCCAGGAGAAAAUAGAAAGCUCCACAAACUCUAUCAGUCUGCUGAACAAUCACCUAGAGAAGGGCUCAUGCCCUAAGACUUUAAGGUACAAUGCGAGGGCGAAUAUCACGCUAGACGAGGACUUUAAGAAAGACAUAAACUCCAUAAGAAAGAAAGCCGAACAGGCCCUUGUAGGAGCCCUCGUGAAAUCUCACUACAGGCGCGUAGAUAGACUUAAGAAUAAGUACAGAAAGAUCGAACAAGCUCAGUCUCGCAGAAGUCAUCAAGAAACCAACCAGUCUUCCCGCAAAGCGCCGGCUAGGAAUAGAAAUACGAGCAAAGAUAAGAACGAAAACGAGCUAGCCGAAGUGUUGAAAGCUAAGAUUAGAGAGGUCGAUACAUUGCUGGAACAAAUGAGAGCACAGGCAAACAAUAAAAAAAGUGAAUCUUAUCCUGUUGUCUUAUCUUACCCUUUAGAAAUAAGGGAAGAAGGGAAAAGAAACAGAACUGACAACAAAGCGGUUAAAAGCCGCAAAAGAACCGAGAGGAGGAAAAUCAAAGAGAAAAAGCGCUUUCUAAACAACAUUAAGUCACGCAACCAGCAUAUCAAAAACCUGUCAAAUUCACAGUUGACAGACGAGCAAAUUACCUUGCUAUCCCGUGGUUUAAAAUUCAUUCCCACUCCCGGGACAAGAGAAAACAUUAUCAGGCGCCAGCUACUUAAUGACUUCAGUCAAUUUGCCAGAAGAAUGCGCCUUAAAUACAUAUUUCACGGUACAGAUAAAGAACCUCAUCCUUUCCACGUCAAGUCAGACUGGGACCCACCAGUCCAGCCCUCAGUUGCUCUUGAGACCUUCCUAGAAGAAGUCAAAUUUGAGCUUGCUAAUAUCAAAUUGAACAAGCCGAAAGACAACCUGUCACAGGGGGAGCGAAAAGCUCUAAAAGAACUAUCGCAUGACUAA